AUGGUACUCCCAGCUGUAGCAAGAUGCAGAGGUAGUACCGUGGCGACAACAAUCUGGUUGCAACUUCUCUUCAGCCUCUUGGUAUUGAAUUUAUUCUCUGAUGCUUGCAAAAAAGUGACUUUCAAUGUCCCUCCCGAACUAGAAGCUGGAGUAUUAGUUGGCAGAGUCAAUGUGAAACACUGUCUUAAGCAUGCAAAAUUUGUCCGCUCAAACAACCCCAACUUUACAGUUUUAGAAGAUGGGUCAUUGUAUACAACAAACGCUAUUUCCUUGUCUUCUCAUGAAAACACCAUCACCAUAUUCCUUAAAGGCAAUAAUGAACAUGAACAAAAGAAGAUAUCUGUUCAUUUGCUAACACUUCCCAAAAAGACCUCAAAAGCUAAGGCAGGACAUGUAAGAAGGAUGUCUCUUAGGCGAAGCAAGCGCAGAUGGGCUCCAGUCCCAACUGUUAUAAUGGAAAACUCACUGGGACCUUUUCCAAUGCAAAUUCAACAGUUAUAUUCUGACACAGCCUUUAAGUAUAACAUUAGGUAUUCUAUAAGUGGUCCUGGUGUUGACCAGACACCCCUGAAUUACUUUUACAUUGAGAGGGAUACUGGAAAUCUUUUCGUUACUUGCCCAAUAGAUCGGGAAAUGUACCCAGAAUUUAAGAUUAUCUGCUAUGCAGUGACGCCAGAGGGAUAUACACCAGAGACACCUCUUGUGCAUGUGAUCAAAAUCGAGGAUGAUAAUGAUAAUGCCCCAGAGUUUGAGCAUGACAGAUAUGUUUUUGGUGUUCUUGAAAACAGCAGAGUUGGUACUCUUGUUGGACAGGUGACUGCAACAGACAGAGAUGAGCCAAACACUUUACACAGCACAAUUAGAUACAGAAUUGUGUCACAGAGUGGUCAAAUGUAUCACAUCUCAGAGGCAUUUGGGAUACAUCCAGAUUCAGGUUCUAUUACUGUAUUAUCUCCAAACCUGGACAGAGAGACUGUAUCAGAGUAUACACUACAAGUAGAAGCAAGAGAUAUGGGAGGUCAUGAAUUUGCUUUGUGCACUACAGUAGAAGUGAUCAUUGAGAUUAAAGAUAUAAAUGACAAUGUUCCACGAUUAGAACACAUUAUGUAUGAAGUAGAUGUAUUUGAAAACACAGAAAAUGUGGAAAUACUGCUCAUUCCUGUCAAAGAUGAUGAUGAAGUAGGAACGCCUUCGUGGGUGGCUACAGCCAUUAUUACAAGAGGAAACGAAGAUCACAGUUUUUCUGUUACCGUGGAUCGAGAGACGAACAUUGGGUGUUUAACUGCUGUAAAGGGUCUGGACUAUGAAAAAACCAAGGAGAGAAGGUUAGAAAUUGUUGUAAAUAAUGAAGCACCUUAUGUACUAGCGCCACACUCAAGAGCCCUUUCAACAAGUACUACCACAGUUAUAGUCAGAAUUCUGGAUGAGAAUGAAGGGCCAGAAUUUGAUCCUUGUGAAUAUUUUCUAACUAUUAAGGAAUCUUUGCCAAGCGGAACAGUGGUUGGUGAUUAUCAGGCGAGGGACCCAGAAACUGGAAAUAGUGAAGGCAUAAGUUACAGCAUAAUAAAUGGCAUGUGCAAUUGGAUCAUCAUUGACAACAGAGGACAGCUGAGAACCACUAGAAUGUUAGACAGAGAUAUACCAAAUGUGGAAUAUAGUCCAUGCGUCAUAACAGUCUGUGCUACAGACCGUAGUGGUAAAACAGGAACUGGUAAAAUUGUUAUAACAGUGAUGGAUGAGAAUGACAAUUACCCAGUGAUUCCCGAAAGUAAUUAUAUAAUGUGCAAGGACAAAGAACCAGUGUAUAUUACAGCCUUUGAUGCUGAUCAGCCGCCCUACACAACACCUUUCCAUUUUGAAAUACAGAAGCCAGUGGGCUCAACGUGGAGGUUAAUACCAUAUGAUGAGGAAUCAGCGUUGCUUUCACUUGAUGAAGAUAUACCCUAUGGCUAUUAUCCACUUCUUCUUAGGAUAUAUGAUAAUGGAGGUUACAGUGGAAUAAAGGAAAUAAGAGUUCAUUAUUGUAACUGUGUACUUCCAAGUGAUUGUCCUGACGACAGCUCAGACAUCGCUGUAGAUCGUAUUACUCCAGAAGGGGUGACCUAUCAACCUCCAAGUGAAGGGGGAGUUGGUGCCUUGGGCAUCGUUUCAGCAAUGAUGGGAACAAUGUUAACAAUGGGGCUCAUGGCUAUGCCCCUUGGUUUCUGGCUCCGCAAAAGAAAGAGGGCCAGACUUCAAGUGGUAGGUGAUAAUGCAACUUCCCACAAUUUAAUUGUAUCCAACACUGAGGCACCCGGUGAGAAUGUGACGGAUUUGGAUAUACAUCCUGUUAACACAAUGAAUGCAGCUGUUAGUAUGAGCACAAUUAGAGAAAGAACUGGAAGUAUGGAACUGCUAAAAAAAGAAGAAGCACCCAUUGGAGGAUCUGUACAUAAUGUUGGACAGCAUCUGCGCAAUUCAUAUAAAAGCCUCUAUUCUGAAUGGCGAAGUUUUUCCAAUCCUCACCUAGCUGAAAAGGUAUUUCAGUGUGAAGAAGAAGAUGAACUCCACCAAAGUAAAGAAUAUGUACUUCCAUAUAAUUAUGAAGGAAAAGGAUCACCAGUUGGAACCCUAAGCUCCUGUACAGGUGAAUCAGAAGAAGAAGAUCUUGAUUUUUCAAACAUGGGACCUCCAUUUAAGCCUCUAUUAGAAGCCUGUAUAAAGGAAUAA